AUGUCUACUCGGUCGACCAAGAAGAAGAAGACUGCGCCUGCUUCUGAUUCUGAACCUGACACUCCCGCAAAAGUUGACGUGCAAGCCCUGGUGGACCCAGUUUUCAAUGGCACCAUGUCAAAAUAUAGAGCGAGGGACAAGAAACUGCUCCCGAGGCACUUGCAGGAAUUGACGGUGGAUGAACGCAAGCAGUAUCUACCCAGCGUCUCUGAUCUGGACACCCUGGCAUGGUUCGCAAAAUCAGUUCGGAUCGAUUUUGAAAAGAUCUAUGCCAAGACGGGGAAAAUGCGAGUGGAAGUUUUGGUGGAGAAUGUCGCUAGUGCAGCGGUGACCAUGGUCAGCCUGGAUCAUAAAGUCACUACUCGCGGGGAGACCCGAAAGAUUGUUGCACCUAAUCAUCAAACUCUACGGGUGGACCCAACUGAGCCUGGUCAUGAUACAUGGCUGAGCCGCAAAAUCCAGUUGAAAAGAACUGAUACUCCUCCAGGAAACGCUACUCCUGCUCCUGGCAAUGCACCUGGAAAUCCUGCUCCUGCUCCCGGCAACGCUGACAGUGAAGAUGACGAAGAGAAUGGCGAUGAGGAGGAUGGCGAUGAGGAGAAUGACGAGACCACUACUCGAACUGUGAAACACAAACCCACUCGCAAACGCAAACGGUCCAACACGAAGACUGGGAAAGUCGCAAAAUCGAAGAAAAUUGCAGACGACCGUGACCACAAGAACAACCCAGAGAAGGAUAAAUGCGACGACGACAGGGAGGAAGAGGAUGAAGACAGUAAUGUGCCCUUGAGCUCCACUGUUUCUGAAGCCGACGUUGACCCACAAAAUCCGUUCAAGAUGGCAGAGCUACUGGGAAGAGUGCCAUGGGACCGAGAAGAAUCGGAACUUGCUGAUAAAAUACCAAAGCAAGAAGCCCGAUUGGAGGCCUUGAAGGAGUUGAUCUUACAAGACCUGGCAAACGCUGAUCUCCCCAAAUUGCGAGAGAAAAUCUUACAAUAUUUGUUCUACAGCAUACGAGAUUCACACCAAUGA